AUGAGGGUCCAUUUCGGGUUGAACCACAAGGCUGUCCCGUCUCAGAUCCAACUUACAACCAGUUGCGCUGCAUGGCAACGAGAUUCGGGCUGGCCCAAACGAAAAGGGGAUCUUAGGCCUUGCGGGCCUAAGCCGACUAAUACGCGUCAGCUUCAAGUUCGCCAGGGUCUGGUCAGCCCUGUAGGAUCGAGUGGUAACCAUACCUUGCACGUCUCAAGGUCAAACAAGCAAAGCACAAUGAGUAUAAGCCUGAAGGUGAAGUCAACUGCAUAA